AUGGCGGAAGAGAUAUCGUUGAGUGGUGUGGCAUUUAAGUAUACCAACUUUUUGUUUGGCUAUCAAAAACGCUUCUUCAAGCUUCACAAAGGCACGAUCUACUACUACUUAUCGAAGGAAAACGAACGAGAUGGUUGUCGAAAGUUCCGAGUUUUGCAGAACUUCAAGUUAGAGGUAAGAAUGUUUGUUUUUGUUGUUAUGAAUUUAGUUUGACGAUGAUCCGAAUCGAUUGGACAUUUGUUUUCCUGACGAACGUUGGUCGCUGAGAUUCAGUUCUGUUGAUGAACAAAACUUGUGGAGAGAUGCGUUGGAUGCGUUCUUGCAGCCACAGAGCUCUAGUAAGAUAUUGUCGACGGAAAAAUGGAAUCGUCAUGUAAAGGAAGGUAAGAAUGAGACGAAGUCAAGGUUAUUUGAUUGAAAAGGACUAUAACAAAGUAAAUUAUUGAUAAUAAUAUCAGGGUUUAGGGGAAUGCCGAAGUAUAUUUAGUGUUAGAAGCUAAGAAGAGGCUUGCGGAUUUUGUUUUAAAUUUAAACAAGAUUUUAAUUAAGAAAAGAUCAGAUAAGGUUUACAAAAAAUGGACGUCAUUUUCGAUAGGUAUUACAACAAAGAAAAAGAAAACGUACAUGAUAAACUAAUAAAAGCCUGUAUUUCUCAUUUUCAGAGCCAGAAAAACCUCAAUCUAGUUUAAUCUCACGGACCGAAUACCUCUCCGAACCCACCUAUACCUUCAACCCGCAACGGCCGGUUGAUUUGGACCUUCAUCGCCUCGAACACAUGAAAGAAAACCUUCCUCAGCAGUUUCAGCUAGUCCACGAAGUUUUGUCAAAAAUCGUCGAAACCCGCGCCGCUCCAUUGGAUUUGGCCCUUGUUGAGCAGAGUGUGGACAGAUGCAAACAAAUCGCCGAAGCCAUGAGAUAUUUGCAGUCCGUCCUACCCACAAUCCAGGUAUCCCCGGCUGAGGACGCGCUCGAGGUGUUGGCCCCAUCAGAACAGGUCAUUAAAAGCGUUCGCGCCACGAAUUUUAGGGUGUUUUUCAUUAGUUUGGGACUUGGGAAAUGAAAAUUUGAAAAAAGGAUUUUAAAGUUAAAUUUUUAUUUAAAUUUCUAAUUUUGAUAUUUAAAAAGCUUCAUUUUCGUCUAGUCCUGGCAAUUUUCUUAAGCAAAACAGGUCAUACCGAAAGGUUAAAUUCGUUUCCAGUGCAAAACCUUAUUUUAAAAUAUUGUUUCAGUUUGACCUGCUUAAAAACCCAAAUUUUGUUGUUACAAAAAACAAAAAUGAUGUUAUUGAACUUGGAAAACAUUAACAAGACGAAUACUAAUUUUUACUUCAAAACAAUUUGUUUCUUUACUGCUUGGGAGUUUCGUUUUGGGCUGAUUAGAUCUGUCAAAGCGCUGUUUCAGCCAGGUGAAUGAGGGAAAGUAAAAAGGGAGGAGGAGUGGAGGGGGAAGGGUAUUAUUACCUAUAUUUUUAGCAUGAUUUUUGUAUUGUAGAUGGUACUGCUUAAGCUUAAAAUUAAUAUAGUUGAGUUUCUGCACCGUGCAAAAAAUGAAUUUUUGGUUUUUUUCAAAAUGAGGGUUUUUCAAAAAUUUUUUUGAUUUUUAAAGAUAAAAUAUGAAUUUCUAUUUAUUUUUUGACCUACAUAUUAUUGUAAAUGGCAUCAUUUUACUGAAGACCUUAAGAAAUGAAAUUGGUUUUUUUUAUUUGAAAAGAACAGGUUUUGAAAAUUUUUUGAUUUGUAAAAGUAAAAUUUGUAUUUCUACUAACUUCUUGACCUAUAUAUUCUUAAAAAAGGCAUCAUUUUAACUUAAAAACCCUAAAAAAUUAACAACUUUACCAAGUGGCCAUGCCAAGCUCAGAUGCGCCUUCAUUGAACUGUCUAACAUUCAAAAGAACCUAACCACAAUAGACAGAAAAACCUGUCACAAUAAUAAGAAAGUAACGCGCUAAUGAGGGAAAACAAUGUCGGGCCACUAACACGCUUAUUUGGUGCAAAAUAACCUAAAAUAUCCGUGUUAACGCGAAAUAAACUGCCAUUUUCAGUUGAACGAAAGCAUGCUCAGUGACGACGAAUGGCACGACGCAACUAGUGACAACAUUUUUGAGGAUGCUUCGAACGAAAUCUACGAAUCUUUGAGGAAUCGGGUAAGGAGAAGGGUUUUGGUGGGGGUUUGAUGGUAUUUGGGUUGCUAUGAGGAUGAGAGAAAAGUCUUGUUGUUUUUCAACAUUGCUUUAAAUUGUAAAAAACGACAAGACUUUUUUUUGAAUUAUUAAUACUGGUACUUUGAGUAAGAUAUGGUUUUGCGAGUUUAAAAAGUUUUGUCGUUUUUUAACAUUGUUUUGUAUGGUAAAAAACGACAAAACUUUUAUAGUUUAGUAACAGUGUUGUACUAUUAAAUAAAGGUUUAAAAGUGAAUGAAAAAAACAUAAAGUAGCUUAUUCUUUUAAAAAGCUUGAAAAAUUCUAUUUACUUUUGACCCUUUUCAUAAAAUUUUGAUAAAAUAUUCAAAAUUUUUACGAAAAAUUAAACUAAAACGUUAAUCAUGACAGUUCAAAGAAACCUGAACACAAAGCACGUUCAGACAACAAAAUAUAAAACCAACAUCCAGAUAAGAAAAGAUAAAACAAGCCAAAGACAACAUGAUAUUAUCAUAGGCACGUAACUUUACACUAAAAUCCAGCAAACCGUAUUUCCACGAAACGGAAUGGAAUUAAGAGAUCAAAAGAAGCAGAAUGAUUCAUUUAAUGGCCAAAAGAGUUUCGUUUACAUCGCAAAAAUAAAUAUUUUUGCGGUUUUGACAAGCCGAAGUGAUAAUGUCUCGUUCGUUUUUGCUAAAAAGUCUGCUUUAAUUUGGCUAGAACUGAAUGAUUAAUGAAAAGUUGGCUUUACUUUGGGUAGAAAUGGAAAAUUAAUGGGGUUGGGGUAAUAUUUUUUCUUAAAGAUUAAUUGUGUGUGAUGGGGUUAUAUUUUUUUCUGAUACAUCAAUGGAGUUGGGGUAGUAUUUUCUAAGGGAAAAUAAAUUUUAAGGGAACGUGGCAGUAUUAGAACUGGUUGUUAUGCUAGACUUGAAAAUCUUCUUUGCCUCGGCAAUUUGAAGUGGAUGUUGAGCGGCUAGUUUGAAGUUUUAGGAAGCGCUCUAAAAUUUAAAAAUUUAGGCUUUGACUCCAGCUCCGGCUCUGAAUUUUUUAAAAGUUUUAGCAUUUGUUCCAGUGGGUAUUUAGUAAUGAAAUUCGACAUUUUCUGCCUCGAGUUUGGGUUUCGCUUUUUUACGAAUUCUGGGUCCAGCUUCAAAGCCGGAGCUGCUUCGGAGCCACCUUCUGAGCACUUGAAAACUCUGGUUGUUGGCCAUACUGGCUUGAAAGCCAAGUACAGGGUGGAGAGGGUUGUGGAAAAUUUUUUUUGGAAAAAAGUGUAACGUUGCUUCUCUUCAUUUCCAUAUGGAUUUUUCAAGUUUUUUUUUUAAAUUUUAACAAAUUGGUGGUCAAAAAACUUCAAAAUUUGUUCACCAUGCUUAGAUCGGAAAGGGACCGAGCUGGGCUCAUUUUUUUUCAGGCCUUGGUUUGGGCUUCGGCCAGGGACGUCGCUACGGUUUUUCUCUGGGGGGGGGGGAGGUCGAAAAAAUUUUUUUUGGUCCACAGGUAGCUGCUACCUGUGGACCGAUUUUUCAAAAAACUUUUUUUUUUGUUUUUCCGCGUACAGGUACCUACCUGUGGAAUUUUUUUCGGAUCGGCUCUAGGGCUCAAAUUUACCGGCUCGGCCUCUUUCAAACUUGCUUUGGUGUGGCUCUUAUGUAAAUUUAAUAAAAUGAUAACAUGUAUCGUACCACUUUUUAACUGGGAACAAUAAUAGCAUGUAUCAUACCGCUUCUGUGCUCUAACCAACCAAUAAUUUAACAAUUUUAAUUUUUAACUAGAAAAAGGUUAUUUGGUUGUCGACAGACACUUCUUACCUUUUUCAUUUCGUAUUUUCGAGAUAUUUUUUGCGUAAAAUUUUUGAGAAUUUCGAAAAAAUUCGCAAAUGUUUUUGCUCAUUAGCGCUUUUCUUGUUUGAGCAGCCGUUGAUCUUUGGCUAGUUAAUAUCGAAAUUCGAACUUUAUGAUUUGUUUUUGAAAAUUGAAUGUGACAUUUAAGUUAGUGGCAGCUUUUUAUUGUUGUUUUUAAAUUUUUAAAUAUAGCUUGGAAAAUAAAAAGAGGCAAAAAAUGGGUACAAAUGUUAAAAAAAAGCGGGAAAAAAUGGCUAAAAAGAGAUUAAAACUUCAAAAAAUGGCAAUAAAUUGAUUAAAAAAAGGGGAAAAUGUAAUUAAAACAGCUUUAAAAUAGCUGAAAAUGAUUUUAUAAGGCAUAUAUAUACCUUGCUUUGGCGUAGAAUAAUGUAAAUUUAUUUAAAAAUUAUCUAAAAAUUAAAAUUUGGGAUUGUUUAUGCUUAAAAAUCAUUAAAAACUCUUAAAAUGUACCUCAAAAAGACUAAAAUUGUGAUUUUUAUGCGAUUUUUAAUAGCUUUUUAAAAUCUUCUUAUUAACUUUUUGAAUUUUUAAUCUAAAAUUUGUACAUUUUCAGAAUCUCACACCUCAGCCAACUCGUCUAGACAUGAAUAUUGAGGAUGAAGCUCCGAUCUUUGCUGAAAUCCGACGAGUUGUUGAUGAACAGUUGAAUCAUGCUUUAGCAUCGGUCGAUGAAGAUGGCCAAUGGGAGUUGUUUGUUAAGGAUGGAGAGAUGAGAAUGUACAAAAUGGAAAACGAAGUUGAUGGCGUCGUAUCGGAUCCACUUAAGGCUAUUCACUUUGUUGAUGUAGGUCGGGAUCAUUAGGUUUUUCGUAUGGGGUUGUAAGGUACUGUAGGCAAAAUAAAAAAAGACUUUUGAUUUUACUAUAGCUGAAGGUUACUUUAUUAAACUUGUUUUACAUGGCAUGUGCCCAUUCUCCCUACCUUAAUCUGCUCUACCGUGCUUUAGUCUAUUUUACCUUGUCUUACUUUACUCUAUUCUACCUUACCUUAUCCUGUCAAUUCGCAGCCAACUUGUCAUGGGGUAGAACCCAAAAAUUUUUAUUUAGUUGUAGUAUGACUAGUCAAAAUAUUAUACUUUCAGGGAGUAACAGCUCGAGAGUUUAUCGAACAUUUCUAUGAUCCAGAUUUGAAAAAGGAAUGGGACGGUAAGUUAGUUUAUAACAGUUUGUACUCUAAUUUUAAAAUUUUAAGUUGAUUUUGAAGUCGUUUUUAAAAUUCUAAACCAUUUCUUUACUGCAUUUGAAUUGUGGAAGUCAAAUUUUGGUCAAUAUUUUGGUUUUUUGAAGGUUUUUUAAAAAAUUUUUAUAUUGUGGGUGGCAUAGUGGUCAGGUUUUGAUAAAAUUCGAUGCUUGGUAGAUUGUUUUUUAUAAACUGCGUUAAAGGAAGGCAAUUUGAGUACAAUAAAAGUAAAUGUUUAUCAUAGUUUGGACCCGAGUAGGGCAGGGACGUCUUUUGGGGGAGGGGGUAAGGAGGGGUACCCCCUCCCCCAGAGCCGAUCCGAAAAAAAUUUAACAGGUACCUACCAGUACGCGAAAAAGCAAAAAAAAAUUUUUUUGAAAAAUCGGUCCACGGGUACCACCUACCUGUGGACGAAAAAAAUUUUUUCAACUUCUCCCUCUCCCAGAGAAAAUCCGUAGCGACGUCCCUGGAGUAGGGUAUGGAUGGGAUAAAGUAAGGUAGGAUAGAUAAAGUUAGGGUAAUAUAAGUUGAGAUAGAACAAGUUAAAGUAGAGGAGAGUAGUGUAAAGUAGGGUAGAGUAGGGUAGGGUAGAGUAAAAUAGAGUAGGAUAAAACAGUGCAAUAUGACUAGGGGUUUCUUUUAACCUUUCUCUUUACAUUUACUAUAACAUCAAGAAUUCAAAAACUACUACUCCUUUAUCCCCAAUGUAACCCAACACCAUUUUUGUUUUCGUAUCUGUUCGCAAUGAAUCGUAUUUCGGUUAUAAAUAACCGAGCCGAAAAAAUAGUCAUCCUCGAGGGAGAACGGUCAGCAACGGCUCCGAAUGUUUGUGUUUGGGUUUAGUGUUCCCGGGAAAUAAAGCCGGAUUUGGGGACGGCGUUUAAGUACGGUUUGUCUCAAGUUGGCUUUGAGUUUGGGAUUCUGAAUGAGUGGACAUUAGUCAUAGUUCGAGGAAAGUAAAGUUUUUGUUUUGGAGAGGUUUUGUGGAAAAGGACGUUACUGGUUGAGGUGUUAGGUUGAACCAAAGGUAGCGGGACACUUUUUAUUUAUUUUUUUAAUUAAAAUGUGUCCCUCUACUUUUGGUUCAACCUAAUAUUUUUAACUUUGGAGGGGUGGGGUAAAAAGAAAUUUUUUAAAGUGGGGGUGGAAUAAAAAAAUUGUUUUUGCAAAACAUUAUGAGUAGACGUGAUAGAGGAAUUACUAGGCUUGGUUUCAUCGCGAGCCGGGCCGAAACAAAAUUUGAAAGAGGCCGGGUCAAAAUAAAGCUUCAAGGAGCCGGGUUAGGUCCCGCAACGAAAGAUUUGCAUUGCAAAAGACCGAAUUUCUAUGAAAGAGGCCGGGCCGAAAACUUGGGACCGGCUUUUUUUAAAGUCUUCGCAGAAGGCAACACUAGGUGGGCUACAUUUUUACCUUGGGAGGGGUAGGGUAAAAAUUUUAUUUAAAAAUAGGGAUGGAUUAAGAAAAAUUUUUUGCGGGUUUUAACAAGAGAGGCCAAGUUUAAUUUUAAAAAAAUUUUUAGUGUAUAGGAAGGUCGAUAUUUUAAAGUUUAUUUUUUCAAAAUUGGAAGUUUAUUUGCCUGAUUUUUAAAGUUUGUUUGUGGGCCUUAACCAGUGUUUCUAUUUGUUUACAUUCGUCUUUCUCGUUCCUUACAUUCUUUAGAACCUAAAAAAGAUGAUUUAGUAAGUUGUGUUUGAUCACUUGGGCUGGUUUUAAUUCUGUUUAAUCGUUUUUUUUUGUAAAAUACGGAAAAAAUCGGUUUUUUUGGUUUAAAAAGUCAUUUGAAGACCAAAAUUUUGCGAAAAAAAUUAUUUUACAUUUUUAUAGAGCUAAUAUUCCUUAUCUUAUCCUUACCUUCACAUUUAUUUUUACUUUGAACUUCUUUUUCAGACACUCUAGUAUCAUGUAAGCUAGUUGACAAACUGAACGAAGAAACCGUUGUUCUGCACCAACUACAUAAAAGGGUAUGGCCAGCCGCUCAAAGAGAAUCUUUAUUUUGGUCUCAUUAUCGGGAAGUUCAUGAGCAGCGACAAGAUGGACAUAACGACGCUUUCUUUGUUUGUAAUCACGAUUGCGAACGAGAGGAUGUGCCGGUGGGUUUUUAUGGGUAAUAUAGGAUUUUGGUGUUACUGAACAUUGAAGUUGGGUCAAAAUUUCGUUUUUUUGGGGCAGGGCAGGGUAUUUAAAACAUUUUUACAAAAGAUGGUGUAACUUAGGCUUGAAAGAGAGUUAUCAGACUCUGGUACUGGGCCAGGACAUGGAAAAUUUGAAAGGACUUGGCCGAAAUAUUGGGCAAGGCCUAAACUAAGGCCCCCAAGUUGAAGCGUAGGUCUUGCAACGAAAGAAAAACGGCUCUUUUACAAGUUUAGUGUAACUUCAGCAACUUUUUUGGGUGCUUCACAGACAAUAUGAAUUUUUUUAUAGUGUACUAGCUUAACUAGUUAUUGGUUUACUAUAAUUUAACUUUACAAGAUUAUAUAGUUUCGAGUUAGACCCAAAAAGCUAUAAAAAUUGAAAUAGAACCGGUUGGACGUUUUAAAUUAGAGACAUUUGGAUAAAACGAUGAACAUUUAAAAAAACUAUGGGAUUUGCGAUAGAAAAAGUUAACCUAGAGGUCGGUAUUUAAAUUUUAAUGCUGAACAUCUUGCUUGAGCUAAGAAAGUUUUAGAAAAAUGAGCAAUCUCUUUCGUCUCUUUACUUCUCUAUGUAUAUCUUCCAUUCUCUUAGUAUAUCGUCGUAUCUUACAAUCCAAACUUAAAUUUCAUGAACUAAUAUGAUUACAGCUGACCGACUCGUCAUGCGUUCGUGUUGGUUUAACAAUAGCGAUGUUAUGCCAAACCGAAGUGAAGGGUGACCCGGAAAAUCCGUCGCGCGCCAAUGUUCGCUGUAAAAUCGUCUACGUCGCUCAAGGUCGGUUAUUUUUUAAAGGAUGUGUCAAGAGUUGAGUAAGAGUCUCGGAAAAAGUUUAUUCGAACUUUUGAGGUCAUUCCUGUUGGGUGGGCUUAUUAAUACAGCUGAUUUGUUGGGGGAGAUUAGAUAAGAUACAGGGACAUCGUUGGAGGUGGGGGAGGGGAGGCAAUUAGGGUUGGGGCGGGCGCAAGGUUAGGGUUAGGAGUUAGGUUAGUGAUAGUGGUAGGGGUACGGGUAGGACUAAGGCGAGAAGAAGAAGAAAAAAAAGCUAGCGACUUCAUUAAUUUAGGUAUACGUUGCAGUAUUUUCGAGUAGCUUUUUUUUAAUAGAAAACCUUAUUUUUUGAUUUAAACCUACAUUUGAAUCUUUUCAUGUUUAACAUUGGUAUAACAUUGGUAUUAAAAACAGAGGGGGGGGGAGUGUAGCCUUCGGUAGACCUUGUCCUGAAAGGGGACUUACCAGGUCCAGCUUUGGUCCCGGGCCCGGCCGAAGCAAAUUUGAAAGAUAACGAAUUGAAAAAUUGGACCAGAUGCUGUUCUUUUACAUGUUAGCUAUGUUAGCUGGUCACUAGACUUAAACAUUGAGUUUAUUUGGCUUUGUAGCUAGUCUUUUCGUUUCUUGGCUAUAGUACCGGGAGUUCGGUUUGAACUGUUUGCUGGGAGGGCAGGUGUAAGUCAAUUUCUAAGAGUUUGAUUUUUUUAAAAUUAUGGACAUUUUACAAUGUGAAAAAAUUGCUUUCAUUUUGUACAAAGGUUAGAAGAAUGGACAAUAUGUUAUUCUUGGUAUGAUAACAUAAACUAAUAUAUUAUUAGUCUUCAAAGGUGAUUGUUUAUAGAUAAGAGAAUUAUUUAUUUUGAAUCGUAUUUCGGUUAUAAAUGACGGUGUCGGAAAAAUAUUUUUUUUAAAUGUUUUAAUUUUUUUUAAUUUGAGCAUUUGGGCUUUUGAACAGUUUUUUGACUUGUUUAAGCCUUAAUCUUAACCUUUUUCCUGAAAACUUAAAAGUUCAACGAAAACAUUCAAAGAAAGUAUGAGAACUAAAAACAAUAAGGUUGUCUAAAUAAGAAAUCAAAAUAAAAUUGAAUGUCAAUGCAAUAAUAUUAAUUAAAACGACAUCAAUAUGACAUUUAACAGCAAUCUAGUAAUAUUGCACAAUACGAAACUAAUAUCACAAUAUACGUUAAUACAAUAUGUAUAUAAAAGCAGAUCAAAACAAAAAAUUAAUAUAAAUGGUUGUGUUGAUAUUACAAUAUGAAAAACAAAACCAAUAUGACAUUAGGACUUUUACAGGGUAUUGUCUAAACUAUUGUAAGCCUUGUUUUCCUUAAACGUAAGCCUUUUCUUCAAAAAUAUAGUAAAACUUUCGUGGAACAAGUUCUCGACGUGAAAAUACGAGCUGAUUCUCGUUGUGAGAUAAUGUCUCAUGUUUACAAAACAAGUUUACAAAAACGAAACAUGCGUUUGUGAGUUUGAGGGGAGUAAAGCCGUUGUGAUAAGGAGAAGAUUUAGUUUUUAAGGGUAAAAUACGUCUUUUAAAUUGUCACAAAUUUUUUCGUGGAAGUGUGAAAAAAGACAUUUCUGGUUUACAGCUAGCUAUUUGUGCCAUACGUCUAUUUUUUUUAUUUUUUUUGCAAUUUUUCACGUACAGAUCUUACCCACCUCUGAUAUUUUUUCCGUUUUGGCUUUGGGUUGAUGAGAGAGGUGAACGGGGUUGAACCGCUUUUUCUCUCCUCCCCCCCCUCUCCCCCCUCCCCCCCCUCUCCCCCAGUGAGGCUAAAAAAAAAUUCUACAGGUGGUAGACAUGUGAAAAAUUAGAAAAAAAAUAUUUUGUUUUUAUCUUUCUUCUGAAAAAAACUGCAGCGACAUCCAUUAACAUAAGGGUAUCACGACAAUACUUUUUCACUUUAAUUUAUAAUAUGCCUUUUCUCUAAGGACAUUUUUAUAGUAAAUGCAAUAAGUAAAUCCGUAUAGUAAAUGCAUAAACAAAACAGAGAAAGAAAAGUCAAUAUACGUUUUUAUUAUAAGGCUUCUGCUCUAUAUAUUAUAGUAGAUAUACGCAUGAUUUACUCUUCAUUCAACUAUAUGAUCUUUUAAGCUCAAAAGUAAAUAGCCUGGCGGCUGGAGCGAGAUCUAAGUUUGAUGUGGGUAAGGGUAUAAUAUGUUGUUGUUUAUGCUUACGAUGAUUUUGAAGAGUAUGAGAGGUUUUUACUGAUAGUGUUAUCAAUAUAGGGUUAGUAGUGUUGGGAGUUAGAGAAUAUUUUUGGUUUGAUGAAAGGGAGGGGUAACUUCCCCCUUUUCAACCCGAACAACCAUAUUAGAAAAGUAUCAUUUUGGGUUUCAAAAUUUUCAUCAUUGUCAAUAUUAUUUUAUGUCAUAGCUAAUAACUACCAAGUAAGCUAAACCACUUGACGUAAAUAUUGCCGAAAGCUUCCGUAUGCAAUUAAUAUCUUAAAUUUGAGGAAGCACUUCCUUUUAUUAAUAGGCAUUGACCCGGAUUUUCGUUGACUGAAGGGCAUCGCGUGGUUUACACUUGGAGUUUACUGGAUAUUACUCUCUUGUUCUACUGAACAUGUGACGUUUUUAAAAUCUUAAUUUGAAGGAUAGGGUUUAGGUUAUAAAGUAGGGCAGAGUAGGGGAAGGUAAGGGAGGCAAUGGCCAAUUAGGAUAUGGUAGGGUUGAGGAAGGUAGGAUAUGGUGGGGGUGAGAGAGGUAAGGUAUACUAGGGAAGCACAAGAUAGAGUAUGAUAGGGAAAAACAAGGUAGGGUAAGGUAAGACAGAGAACGGCAAGCUAGGGCAUUGUAGGACAGAGCAGUAGGGUAUGGAAAGACGGAGUAAGGUAGGGUAUGUUAUGGAAAAUCACAACAGGGUAUUCUCAACAACUCUGUCUUACUCUGCUUUACCUUUCUCUACUCUACUUUACUAUAACUUUCUCUUCUCUACAUUUUACUACCCUACCUUGUCUUACCUCAUCCUACGCUACUUUACCUUACUCUACCCUAUCCAUCAUACUGUAAGUCUUAAGCUCAUAACUAAAGUUUAAACCAAGUUUGACAAAUUUAAAAGUAAACACUGGUUCUAAGAAGGUUUGAAAGGCAGUUCGAAGUAAACCCUCCGGUUUUUAUGACGUGAUAUGCGUGGAAAAAAGGGUUAAAGCGGAAAUUUAUGGUUUUUUUGAUAGUUUUGCUCUGUCUAAACGUUCCUUUUCUAAAAAAAUUUUGUUUUUUUUUUUGCUUUUUGUGGACUUGGGGUCAAGGUUGAUAAGGAAAGGUUGUGAGUCUUCUACGUUUAACCCCUACGGUUACUUCUACUUAUUGUUAUCUCUACCGAUAUUCUUAUCUCUACCUCUAUCUUUACUCCUACUAUUACUCCUACCCCUUACCUCCAACUAUAUUUUCUACCCUUAUUCAUACUGGUACUUCUAGCCUUACUCAUACCCUACCCGCUAUUUGGCUUUGUUUGUAUUACUAAAACAUGGCAAUAACACUUGAGUAUAUAAUAAUAUUGUACUAGAUAAAACAACUACAUGUUGACAAAAUAAAACCAAACCUCAAACGGCUUAUCACGUGUGUUUUGAUAUUAUUUUUGAAAGUUGAUAACAUUCGAACAACUUUUUUUUGUUUUAAAAUUGAAAGCAUUAAUCAUUUGCAAAACUUUCGAACGCUUUGAAAUUCAAUCUUUUUUAUAAUUUUUAAACGUUUUGAUUAAAUUUUUGUUUUUUUGAGGUUGUAAAUUUAAUUUUAUGAUAAAUAUUUGUCUUUUUUGUUUAAUUAUUGACAUUAAUUUUCAUUUUUUGGUCGAAAAAUAGGUAGAAAAAUAAAUAAGGAAUGAGUGGUCGGCGAGGGUGGGUUAAAGGGAAAAUUUUAAUUUUAAGACAAACCUUGAGUAGAGCUGGGUAAGUAACUUUUAUUGGUUUGGGUAGGGUAAGGGGAUUCUUUUGGGUUGGUGAAUAACUUUUUGGUUUGGAUGGGGUAAGAGGGUUUGUCGGGAGGGGUAGGGGGAGUAUCACAUAAAAUUAAAAAAAAUUUUUGGGUUGGUUAUUUUUUGACCUAUUCAUUUCCUCUAUAUAAGUUUCUUCCUACACCUCUCUCUAUUCCUUCCCCUACACUCUACACCACCUCUCCCAUAUUUUAUUUUCACACUAUCUCCUAAUUUUUUUUGUUGGUUAUAAGCGGGAGUCAGUAAGACAUUAUUUACUACAGCAUAAGUCAGUAAGACCAUUCUUUACCAAAAAACCUAAAAUCUUACUUUCAGUACAUCCGGGAGGCUGGGUGCCGGCCAGUGCCCUUCGCCAGGUCUACAAACGCGAAUACCCUAAGUUCCUGCGGCAAUUCAGUUCGUACGUGCUGAAGAAGGUGAACAACAAACCGCUGAAGCUCUGA